CAUUCAUUUCCUCAUCCCUACGCACAAGACAGUUCGCAAUUGGCUCGCUGUCUCGCCAUCGGCGAGCUACGGUCACAUAGCUGCUGCUUUGCAUCUCUAGGUAGAGAAGCGGGUGAAAAGUAGGGGAGGACAGGGUAGAGAAGCGCAGCGCAGCGCAGUACACUGCCUGUGUCGUAGUUGCCUUCGUAGUCUCGCCUUCCUCUUUGUCACGCCUCCGAGGAUGGCUCCAGGAGCAUCGCGCUUCGCAUCUCCAUCAACAUCGUCAUUCAAGCCAUACCGUCGCAGAGGCUCUUCUUCAAAGCACCCUCGUCACAACAGACACGCUGUCAGCCCACCCAGCUACGUCAAUGGUCAGCCCAGCUAUCCGGCGACGUCUGCCGGUAGCAAUUCGACGCCUCUUGCUCGUCCGAGAACCUCCAUCAAUGGCAACGGCAAGGCAAGACAGUCGAUGGUGAGCGUAGGAACGGGCGUGGAUGAUGACGAAGAAGAGGAGGGAGCUAUUGAGGACUCGGACGGCGAGAUCGAGGACGAGGAGAAGCAGGAGGGUCAAACCUCUGAGCCCCUUCAAGAUCCCCUUCCUUUAGAUGCUGCGCCCACCAGCGCUGCACCUCUUCGAAAAGCCUCCUCUUCUUGCACUCUCUUCGAGCGUCUAGAGCAGCAAAGUCAGCAGGCUCGACCCCCGUCAUCAUCGCCACCACCACCAUCCGCAGAGGCUCACAGCCAUCGCCGCAGGGUGGGCGAGAGAAUCAACAACAUUGAUGCUGAAGGUGAUGCAGAAGUUGCGAGCCAGCACAGAAGAUCUCCGAGGAGGGACAACGAGCCAUCGACUUCCAAGUUAGCGAAAUCACCACCUCCGGAGCAUCGCAGCUCCAGCAGAGUAUCACCUCCCCCUCAUGACUCGCGUCCUCGCUCUCGCCUUUCCCAGUCUUCCCGACCCCUCAGCCCCCCUCUGAUCCUCCCAGCCCAUCUGCGCGACCACAAAGACGUCAGCCACCGGUCUGCCAGUCAACGGUCCAGUCUUCCCCUCAAGGACGACUAUAAAGCAGUCGAUUCGUGGAUCCCUGCGGAUCGACCUCGCCGUUCCCCUUCUCCGCCGAACCGUCCACCUCUUGAGCAUAGACGGGACGAGCGAGAUCGUGAUCGCGUGCGCAGACAUGGAGAAGUCUGGCGAGGAGGACGGUCUCGCAGAGACGAACAAGACGACAACGAGAGAGCCAUUCCUUCACGCAGCUAUUCCAGGAGCGAGCGCCGCGAUGGCGAAGAGCGGGACUCGGGGCGCAUCUCCAGGCGAUCGGACAGAGACGAAGAAAGGAGACGAUUCAGAUCUCGAUCACGCUCGCGCUCCAGAGACGAACGUGACGACGAUCGACGACAUCGCCGCUACUCGCGUCGUGACGAGCAACGUGAAGAAGGCUGGCGUAGUGAUCGCCGGCGCAGGUCACGCUCGGAGGAUGAGAGGCGCAGCGAGCGUAGAGAAAGAGACGAGCCCGCGCGUAGAGCUAGGGGUACUGAGGCAGAAUACCCAGAAAGGCAUACUGAGUCGAUGGAGGUCGACAAGGUCAAGAAGCCUGCAUAUCAUGACCAGCUGCAACGCUCUCAGAACAUCGUCGCCCCACCUCAUCCUCGAACGGCCGAGAUGGAGAGAUCCGUACCGCCUCCGCGACCGGAUCCCAAGUUAGAGAAAGAGGCUACCAUUUCGUCGAAACCUACUGCACGUCCAUUGGACGGAAGCUCUAUCACGACGGCCAGCGACAGCAGCGCAAUGCCAGCCAACAUCAAUGGCACCCCUCAGUCACCCAUGACGACGCCCGCCUCGACAACCUCAUCGUCUGCCAAGGGCGGAUGGAAGAUCAUUGGCGACGCAGCAACUGCCGCUCCUCCAGCCAAUGCCUUUGUCGGCAUACCAACAGGUCCACGCAGCAUGAGGACGGCAAUGUCAGGCCCUCGAUCGACGACAUCCGGUGCGAUUCCAACGGGACCGAAGGCAUUUCAGCACGGCCGCAAAUCCUCGCAGUCACAUUCGCAGCCUUCCACUCAGCUCUCGUCGUCGCCAUCGAUGGGCCCCAGGGCCACCUCGCCACCCAUGUCUCUGCAGCAGCAAUGGACCCCACAACCGGAGACGCCUAUGCAAGUCGAGCCAGCCGAUCCAUCUCCCACCGAGCCACUACCACCCGGCCCGCCUCCGCCGCCGCCUGGUCCACCACCGCCUCGCCCUGCCGCUGUAGAACCAGCAGCGCCGCCUCCCUUGUCCUUCGACCAUGUCUUGCUCCCCACCGAGCUAUCCCUCGAGCAGCGGAAGCAGGGCUGGCGUCUCUCGUACGAUCCAGAGCUGGACAGUGCAAGGAGUAAAGGCAAGAAGGCCAUUCGCAAGCAAGCCGACGUGAAGGAAGCCCCUCCUGGCGGCGUCGGCGACCCUCGUCGGCACAAGACGGCUACAGUAGCCCGUCUAGCGCAGAGUCAUCGUAAGAAGGCCAAGGACCUGAUGACGGUCGUUUGGGAGUGGGAUAAGAACUCCACUGGUCCUCGCCCGCCCCCUCCACCUCGGGAGAUCGUCGUUACAGGUCUCUCACCUCUGACAACCAACAGACAGCUCCUCGACCGCUUCCGUCUGCUAGGACGAAUCGACAAGGCCGAGCUCAAGAUGGACCCGCAGACGGGGCAGAGCAUGGGUAUCUUCUGGCUGCGGUUCGCACACGACUUUGAUGAGGACGGCAACCGUCUCGAGUCGACGACGGCGCCGGGUCAGAAGGGCAACGAAUGCGCAACGGAGGCUGUCAGGCUAGCGAACGGGGAGCGACUCGGCGCGACAGACAAGAUGAUCAUCCUGACCGAUUCGCAGCAGACCAAGUACGUCGAGGCUUUCAAGAAGGAGAUGGCCAAACGGGCACCCGUUUCUGCGUCUCCCAAGCCACCUCUUGCCAGCCCCAAUCCGGCCGCCGUCGGCGGUUCUGCAAGCGUGCACAGGCUAGCAGCCGCAGCAACACCUCUUCGUUCCUUCCCUCCUACCACCUCAGAAACUGCUCCACAGUCCUCACCUUUGGCCGCGUCUGCUCGCUCUCCUUCCUCUUCUGCUGCAACUCCCCGUGCUGAUAUCUUCCGACGCCGCGAGGCGCAGGCGCAGGCCAGGUCGGCCAUGUACCCUCCUCAGUCUCAGUCUCAGUCUCAGUCUCAGGGGCAAGACGGCGAGGACGCCGAUAUGGACUCCGGCGAAGAGUUUGGCAACAGACAUCGUCUCCUUGCGUCUUCUUCUACGAGGAAAGGAGGCUUCAAUCAAGGCGGUAGCAUUGGCACUACCGGAGCAGGGGGAGGUCAUCGUCGCUCUCGCCUCUCGUCCGGCGACAAGCGUACGGACAAUGAGCUCGCCUCGCGAGCACCUGGCGACGUGGACACCGGCAGCAACGACGUCAUUGAGCCAACGUGGACCAUUCUCUCUCGCCUCCACCACAUCGGCACCCCUUACGUCUAUGUGUCCCGCUCCACUGUAGGUGAUGGGCUCAGCGCUGCUCUCAUCCAUCGCCAUUUUGCCAUGUUCUCCCCGCAGAGCGUCUCUGCUGACGAACUUGGGUGGUACGCUGCCUUUGCGGGGCACGAUGCGGCAGCGAGAUGCGAUAAGGUGUUAGCGGGCAAGCCCAUCUACGGGUUCAGCGCAAGCUUUGAAGUGAGGCAAGCGCCUAGACUUGAGGAUGUGCAGGCAGCAAAGGAGAUUGAUGCCCCUCGGGCGGGCGCCGCCUCAUCGUCGCCAUCAAAGUUGUCCAGCACCAAUGCAGCUUUCUCUCGUCGCCAGCCCCCAGACUGGCUAGACCCUGCCUCCGCCCUCGAGUGGCAUAAACGCCAGACCUUCGCAGACCGCAAAGCCACACGAGGCUGGACUGAGACGGAGCUCAUCGAGGAGGCCCGCUCGACGAUCCUGCGGGAGCUGGCAGACGGCUUCCUCAAGGAUCUCAAGACUCGACUGAUCGUGCCGCACGUAUCAGACUUCUUGAAGCCAGACGCAGAGGGCGGUCAAGCGCUCAAGAAGGCUGCGGAACAGCAUGCGGAAGAUAUGGCUGCGAUGGCGAAGAGGGAGGCCGCCGCGGCUGCUGCAGCUGCGACGAGCGCUUCUACGCCAACCCACGCCGAAGGGCGGACAGAGACUGCGCUGCCUUCGUUCCGCAAGAUCAGGAGAGCUACUCCUUCGCCCCCGCCACCUCGUCGCCCGUCGCAGAGCCAGGCUGGUCGCAAGAGCGCUGACAAGUCUUCCUUGCGCAAAGGCGGACAGGCGCUGUCCGAUGAUGAGAGAGACGAUGACGACGACGAAGGCGAGCGGGUCCAAAUGACAAAGAGGAAGCCGGGUCAAGCAGCCUCUCCGCAUCGACGGCGCUCCACAGCAGAGCGCGUGGGCGACUCGGGCAGCAGCAGCGAGUCAGACGAGAGCGGAGACGAGCACAGUCUGCCAAUCAAGAGCUCAUCCGCAUCAGCGGGGAUCGUGCGCGAUGCUACUGAGGAAACGGCAGAGACCGCCGAGACUGCUCUUACCACGCCAACGCCUGAGCCAUCCCCCGCAGCUGCCGCUGCUACUGCAACAGGCAAGAAGAAGGGAGGCAAGAAGGCGGCAGCUGCGGCAAAGAGCGCAGCCAAGAAGAAGUCUAGCAAGAAGGGCAGUGUCGUUGCAGCUGUGAUCGAUGAAGACGGCUCGGCAGCGCCGUCUCCAGACGCUCAUGUCGAGGAUGUCGUCAUGGAGGAUGCGAGAGAACCGGAAAGCGAAGAGGCGGCCAUGGCAAAGCUUACGGCUGCCGCGACGGUCGCUCGAUCGAAAAAGGCCAAGUCGUCCAAAAGCAGCUCCGCAGCAGCGGCGCGUCCCCGCAGCCCAUCGCCAGACCCAUUCGUCGUGGGUGUCGCAGAGGAAGAGGAAGAUCUCUACUUCCUCAAGGUUGCUUUGGAACGUCUUUGUGCGGGCGAGAGUGUCACCCCUUCAACUCUUCCUGAGGAGAUCGACCAAGACGAGCAAGGCGGCGAGGGGCACGAGGAGGAGGGUGAUGGCGACACGUCCUUGCCUAGCGUCCUUGCCCCUCAGCAGCACGUCCACGACUCGGGCAGUGCCCGUACAGAAGGUUUCUACAAGAUCCCGCCAGCUCAAAAAGCUCUGCACCUUCCUGAUCGCAACAAGGCCAUCGCUGACACGACAACAAACGUCACUCUCGCCUCCGCACGAGACAAUCGUGCCGACUCGCGCCGCGUCUUGCUGGGCAUCGAGCAGCACAAGAAGGACAGCCAUGCGGGUGCAGGCGACGAUGUUGGUGGCGAGGUGACAGCCGUGGAGAAUCACAGCGACAUGCUCCUCAAAUUCAACCAACUUCGCUCCCGCAAGAAGCAGCUCAAGUUCGCCAAAUCCCCCAUUCACGACUGGGGGCUCUACGCCAUGGAGCCCAUCCCAGCAGGAGACAUGGUAAUCGAGUACGUCGGGGAGCAGGUUCGUCAGCAGGUCGCAGACCAUCGUGAACGCCUUUACGAGAAGAGUGGCAAUUUCUCCACCUACCUCUUCAGAGUGGACGACGAUGUGGUGGUCGACGCGACGCACAAGGGGAACAUUGCGAGAUUGAUGAACCACUGCUGCGUGCCGAACUGCAACGCGAGGAUCUUGACCCUAAAUGGGCAGAAGAGGAUCGUCUUGUACGCCAAGACGACGAUCUUGCCCGGCCAAGAGUUGACGUACGACUACAAGUUCCAGGCAACACCUGAUGCCGAGGACGCGAUUGCUUGUCUCUGUGGCGCCGAAGGAUGCCGGCGGUUCUUGUAGGGGCGAGGAGCGGGCAAGGGACGGCGGGAAAAGGGGCAAAGAGGUUGGCACGCUCAGCUACGACUAGACGUUGUUCUCUCUACUGUCAUCAAGCCAUGAUGUUUCUUUGUACAAUUGCAAUUGACGAUGAUUUAAGUCCAUCAA